UCGAGGGCCCCUCCCCCGCCGAGCUCCAGAUGGGGGUCAGGAAGCGGCGCGGAUCCGCUUGGAAAGCGCUUUUGAGCGCAUCCGCCCGCCUGACUCACGCCGCGGCCCCCGCCAGCCGGGAAGGGGCGCGCCCGCCGCCUUCCCUCCCUCCCUCCUUCCCUGCCCGUCGCUGGACCUGCUCGCUGGGCGCCGGCCGGAGCGGAGCCCAGCGCCGGAGCGGAGAGCGCAGGUUGACGUCACCCCUGGGGACAGCUGGGCUUUGGGGGACCCCGGAAGCAGGAAUGGCCCGGGUGCCACACCUUGACCACGGCUCUACAGGACUGGCUCGCCCUGUCUUGUACCCGGAUCAGGAUCAGGGCGGGGAGAAGAUGCCUUAUUCGGUGGAAACCCCCUACGGCUUCCUGCUGGAUCUAGACUUCCUCAAGUACGUGGACGACAUCGAGAGAGGCCAGACCCUCCGGAAGUUGCCCCUGCAUCGCAAAGCUAAGGGGUCCAAGCCAGCCCAGAGCUCCCCCCGCAGCCAAAUGGGGGGCUGGGCCUCCACCGAGUCUCUCUCGUCCGCGACCAGUGAGGACGGCAGACCCGCCUUCUCCUCACGGCCCCGAACGGCUUCCUACGACACCAAGGACCUCACAGGCAAAAACGGCUCCUUUCCGACGUCUCCUGCUCCCACAGCCCAGCUUCUCCCCCCGGCUUCUCCCGAUUCAGUGGGGAGAGGAGGCAGACGGGUCGAAACGACCUUGCUGGAGACCAGCAGGAGACUGGAGGAGGCACAGCUGAGUUUGCUGACUGGUGGGGGAGGCGCACCGUUCAAGAGGACAACCGGCCCUUCCAGAGAGAGCAUGUGUCCCCCCAAUUCUGCUUCCUUUCUGUCCGGGGACAGCCAGGCUGAGCCCGUGAAGACAAGCCCCCCUAAUUCGGGAAGGAGCACUCCGGUUCCGGCAGUGAGCCCCGCACACCUCCAUCACGUCCGGGAGCAGAUGGCCGCGGCUCUCAAACAGCUGAAGGAGCUGGAGGAGCAGGUGAAGGUGAUCCCCUUUCUGGAGGAGCAGAUCUGCCAGCUGAAGCAGGAGAAGGAGCAGCUGGUGGCUGGCUUGGGGGAGAAGGUGGAGGUUGAAGCUGGCCAGCCAGGGGUCUUCUGCUUCCCCCCAAGACAAGCCCUCAAAGAUGGGGCUGCCUGUCUGGACACAGGAGGGCCCCAGGCUAUCCAGGAGGUGCAGACUGAGAGCGAGGUGACCAAAGGAAGAUCAAGUAAGAUCGCAGAGCUGAAAAAACUGACCGAGCGGCUGACCGGUCCAGAGAGGGCUGGGAAGAGCAGAGGAGGGGCCCGGCCGCCAAGAGCAGAGCAGCCCGGCCAGAGGUCCAUCGGAGUUGGGGAGGAGGUGGAUAUGAGUGAACUCGUUUGCUACUACCAGAGUCAAAGACCGUGCCGGGAAGUGGCCGUUGGGUGCGAGACUGAGACCCGCGACGCAGAGGUGUGGGUGAUGGAGUCCUUCCUUGGGGUGUCGUCGGCCACAGAGGAGGAGAUGCAGCUGGUGCAGCACAGGGUCCAGCACCAGCAGGCCGUGAUUGCCAUGCUGGAGGGACACCUGAAGGAGGCCACCGAGGAACUGGAGGAGCUGCGGGUGGAGGUGUGCUCCCGCAGGCCAGACAACCUGGUCAGCCAAGCGACCUUGGUGUAUCCAGAGACAGCCGAUGUUUGCGUGGAGGCCGUGCCACCCACCCGGUGCCAGGCUGUGGGCAGCCACGUGGAAACGGCGGAGGUCAGCGUCCAGAGCUUUCUGCAAGUGUCCCAUGUAGGAGUCGGUUGCAACUUGCAAGGCGAAUCAAGUGCGGAAGCAAAGCCCACCCAGGACUCACAACAGAAAACGCCACUGACUUCACCGGGGACGGAGCACACAGGCCAAAAUGGCCACCUCGAGUGCACAGCAGCAAUGCCAGGGAGCCUUCCCUGUGGCACAGCUGGGGAGGGGUCCAGAUCAGAAGACGCCAGGCCUCCCACAGGCAGCAAGGAAGGGACGCUGGUCCAGCUGGCACUGCAGACCACAGAGGGAGAAGCGGAUGCUGGCCCACCUUUGCCCCUGAGGGUGGGCAGCCAGGACAGCCAGGAGCCAAACGGGGCAGAGGGGGUCUCAGGGGCUGGUGCCCUGAAGUCAAUAAUGAAGCGGCUGGACAGCCCGGCCAAGGCAGAGCCGAGGGGCAGCGGGAAGAAGACCCUCCAGUUUGUGGGCCUCCUGAAUGGCGAGUAUGAGAGCACCUCUAGCGAGGAGGAGGAAGAGGAGGAGGAGGAGGAUGGGUCCCCGGGAGAGGAAUCUCUCCACGGCUCCUUCAGCGAGACCAUCGGCAACCCCGGUGACUUGGGGGGCGAUGUUGCUGCCAGCCCAGAUGUCAGCGACAGCGAGGAAGAGGAGGGGAGCCCGGUCUCAGAGGCAGCUGCGCCUGGCCAGCCACGGCUGGACUCUGACCCGGAAGACGCUGCCGGACAGGCAGAAGCCACUCCCAAGGUCAAAGAGAGGUUUGAGCUGAGCCCGUGGAUACGAGAGGCCUGCCUAGUGGUGUGGACCCAUCUGGGCCAGGGCCGAGGGGCCCCAAAGAGCAAAGAGCUGCGGUCCAGCAGCAGCCUGGUCCUGCAGGAAUGGUUCCGAGUGUCCAGCCAGAAGACCUCCCGGGCCAGCAAGGUGGGCAAGUACCUGCAGGCCUUUGCCGAGCUCUCCCCAGCGCUGCUGGCCCACGUCAUCAACCUCUCCGACGGCAACGGGAACAUGGCGCUGCAUUACAGCGUCUCCCACUCGAACUUCGACAUCGUCCGGCUCCUGCUUGACACAGGUGUCUGCAACAUCAAUCACCAGAAUAAAGCAGGCUACACGGCCCUCAUGCUGGCCGCGCUGGCCACCAUGGAGCGACAGGACGACAUGGCCGUGGUCCGACGACUGUUCGACCUGGGCAACGUCAACGCCAAGGCCAGCCAAGCCGGCCAGACGGCGUUGAUGCUGGCAGUCAGCCACGGAAGGCUGGAGAUGGUGGAGGCCCUGCUGGCGUGUGGGGCAGACGUCAACCUGCAGGAUGAGGAGGGCUCCACCGCGCUCAUGUGCGCCUGCGAGCACGGCCGGGCAGAAACUGUGCAGCUGCUUCUGGCGCAGCCAGCCUGUGACGCUUCCAUCGCGGAUCACGACGGGAAUGACGCUGUGGCCAUCGCCUUGGAGGCCGGACACGACAACAUUGCGGCUCUGAUAUCCGCACACCUCACACAGUCUGCAGAGAGGCCGGGACCGUGACAGUAUUCUUCUGUGACCCUAAGCCGCUUCGGCACUCGAACCGUCCCAUCUGCAACAACCAAAGACGAAGCCCGCCAUUCCCAGAAGACGCUUCCUUCACCAUCAUGAACCUCUCUGUUCACACGCUCCCCAGGCUGACGCUUGGGAUCCCUUUGGGGUGAGGCUCACCCUGGGCCGGCUUCACUAUUUGGGGCCACCUGGUCAAGCUUACAGGGUCCUCAGGAAGCCAUCAGGGAAAAGCAAUGACCUGUUUUAUUGCGGCCUGCAAAAUUCUUGCUCUGCACAUGGAGAGGACAGCAGCGCUUGGGGGCAAAGGCCUCUUCCAAGUGGGGGGGGGGAGAGGGGGCAUCUGCCAGGCAAACCUCCAACUGUAACCAAAACUGGUAACAGGGUGUAGCGCCCCAUGAGGACUAGAAACUACCUAUCCAAAUUUUUAUCUCACUAGAAUAAAAUUUUGUUAACACUUUUA